AUUAAAGUAAGAACCAUUUGUUAUUAGGACUUUUUGUCAUAAAUGUACAUUCCCUUUCCUUUUCUAUCAAUAAUCCUUUUCGUACAGUGAAACAGUUAUAUUGCUUUAAACAUUUCUGCAAUCAAUUUGCAGUGUAAUUUAACCAAAAACUGAAUUCCAGCAAUAAUCUGGUAAUGUACAACUUCUUUUUGACGAAAAUUCAGGGGGGGGGGGGUGCAGCAUCCAAUUGGAGUAUGCAACGGCUGCCACAGGACAACGGCGCAAGUGUGCUCACUACACAACAGCUAUUGGUGGAGUGGAGAGACAGUGAUGGAGCCAAUUUGGUGGAUGGAGGUGUUUGGCCUUGGCACUGUUGCACAAGUGGUUACAGGAGAAGGUUAUUUUGGUGAAUAUCUCAGCAUUAAUAUAGGCUUUGGGCUGGCAGUGGCUAUGGGUGUGCAUGUUGGUGGAAAAGUGUCAGGAGCUCAUAUGAACGCAGCUGUUUCAUUCACAAUGUGCGUGUUUGGCCGAUUGCGCUGGAAGAUGCUGCCGCUGUAUGUUUUCGCUCAGUUUCUGGGUUCAUUCCUUGCCGCCGGGACCAUUUUUUCACUUUAUUAUGCAUUUGUUCUGCUUUUUAUAGAUGCCAUAAAUCAUUUCUGCGGGGGUAAUUUGACUGUGUCCGGACCCAAAGCAACAGCUGGGAUCUUCGCCACAUAUCCAGCACCCUAUAUCUCAGUCUACACUGGAUUCUUUGAUCAGGUUGCUGGCACGGGCCUGCUGUUGUUGUGUCUGAUGGCUCUGUCAGACCAAAGGAACCAGCCGCUGGUGUCUGGAGGUGAAGCCGUCGGUGUGGGGCUUCUAGUGAUGCUCAUCGGCGUCUCUAUGGGGAGCAACAGCGGUUACGCCAUCAAUCCCACACGGGACCUGGGGCCACGGCUCUUCACACUCAUGGCAGGAUGGGGCACAGAGGUUUUCAGGGCAGGCAAUUGCUGGUGGUGGGUACCCUUGGUGGCUCCUUUUAUUGGAGGAGUUUUAGGGGCUUUAAUCUACAAAGCACUUGUAGAACUACACCACCCUGAUCUUAAAAGCACUAUAACACGGCCAGCAGUAGAUCCUGAAUGCAUUCCUCUGGACAAGUGCAAGAACGGCAGAAUUGAGAUACCUGUGUGAGUCCAUUACCAGGUAAAAACCCAAAUAAAUGAAGGAAGCAAUGAAGUAAAGUGACAUUUCCACUGGGAAAAGCUGGAAUAUUCGCAAGCAACAAAACAUGUUGUCGAGUUGUGCAUUUCACAGUUGUGGAUGUUGAACAGGGGUGUCCAAACACAGUCCUUGAGAGCUGGUGCAUAGUUUAACUUCAACUUUCUUCAACACACCUGCCUGAAAGUUUCUACUAUACCUAGAAAGAGCUUGAUUAACUGGUUCAGGUGUGUCUAUUUGGGGUUGGAACUAAACUUUGCAGGGCCUUGACCCUUCAGGGCCAAGAUUGGGCAUUCCUGAUGUCGAAAAAGACUAGAAAAACAACUGUGGUCCACAUCCUAUACUUAUAAAUAGGGAAAAAGUGCAAUACACUCGCUCUAGAGAAGGAAGUCCUGUCUUCCCACCAGAAUAACCUGCACUCAAUUUACUUUUGCUGCUUGUUCAAACUGCUUAUUUAAUGAGUUGAACCAACCUUAAGUUUUUGGGAGAUGACUUAAUUUUAUGUUUUAUCCACUUAAUUUGUAAAAACGAUGAAGUUAACCAAUUUGUGUUGGGACAACAUGAAGGAAUUGUGUAGAACCCAACAUUUUUUUACAGUGUACAUCAUUUUGAGGGAUGUAAACAAUAGCAAUGGUGCUAACGUAAUUCCUGUACUGGAUUUGUAAUUUCUUUAGCUUCAGGGAAAUUAAAAAAGCUCCACAUAUUGAUAAAUAACCCUAUGGCAGGUGUUUUAACAUGAAGUUAUCAUUGAUCUGCCUCUUGUUACGAAAUAGUUUGACAACAAGCAGGAAAUGUUCAAUGGGCCAAUGACAUCACAUUGAAAUGCUCUAGUUAAUCUUUACAGACGGGUGAAUCUUCAGCAGAGGAGCUGAACAAACUCUGUCAUUUUACUACUGUGUGCCUGUGCUGCAUCUGAAAGCAGAAAUGCCAGAGAGACUUAAACACAACAUCCUAUCACACAUCGUGUCUUUCCAAAGAUGUCCACCAGUCUGUCCUCCAGCUUCUGCUUCUUUUGUGCUAGCCUUUGUAUAGGCAACUGCUGAAAAGGCCAAAAAGGAGCUUAGUGUUGUGAAAGACAAUAUUAUUUCAUGCAUAAUCACUGAAAAAAUUAUAAUUGGAGCAUUAGCAACAAAAGUAAUGUGACCAGUCACUUGAGAUGCUGUAGCUGGUUUGAGAUGUUUGUUUUAACCCUUUUGUAUUGUUCAAAUGUACUACCAUUUUGGCAUGUUCGGGGCUGUUUUUGCCCCAUUGACUUCUUUUUAUAACAACAAAUUUUUGAAUGCAAAGCCAUGACACCAAAUAAUCAUGUGUUCAUGGUUGUCUGUGUUUUUUCCUGUUGGUAAGAGGUAGAACUUUUUUUUUUUUUUUACUGUCGAUUAUCAGUUGGCACUAAUAAACCUUUAGAUAGGCCUGUGCAAAUAAAGUUUCUGACUUUUAUAAGGAGUUCUAUGGAGUAAAACAACUAAUUACUGUGUAUGUGCAUAAAUACACUUCGGCCCAAUCCCAAUUCUAUUUUGGUACCCCUUCCCCUUAAAACGGAGUGUGAAGGGGAAGGGCUU